CCAGGUAUCAUCCGACAUCGUUACGACAUACUCAGAAAAGUCCACGACCAAGAUAUAUUCCAGGAUUUAUCCGAGUUCCAAAUUCCAGCCAGUGUUCCUACUAAGAAAAGAAGGAGAAAAUGGAAAACGGGAAGACUGCAAAUUGGAACUUCAAAGGGGACGAAACAGUGAAGAAAGCAUCAGCCUGGACUAUAAAGUUCGCUCUCAAGACUCUCAGGGAAAAUCUGAAUGCAAAUGACAAGAGGGCUGUUAUCCCUCUUGGAUAUGGUGAUCCCAGUCAAUUCCCAAGCUUCAAGCCUAGUAAAGUUGCAGAAGAAGCCGUUAUUGAUGCAAUCCAAUCUGGUAAAUUCCAUUGUUACGCCCCAGGUGAUGGAACUCCUGAAGCAAAACGGGCUAUUGCUGAUCAUCUCUCUCGUGACCAUGGGAUGGAAAUAUCUCCAAAAGAUGUUUUUUUAACUCUUGGUGGAAGACAAGCAAUUGAUAUCAUGUUAACAGUCCUUGCUCGACCUGGUGCCAACAUACUGCUUCCUAAACCAGGAUAUUCGUUCUAUGAAGCACGUUCCACUUUUAGCCAGCUUGAAAUUCGUCAUUAUGAUCUUUUACCAGAGCAGGGAUGGGAGGUCGACUUGAGUCAUGUAGAAGCACUUGCUGAUGAUAAAACAGUUGCUAUUGCUAUUAUCAACCCUGGUAAUCCAUGUGGAAAUGUGUAUACAUAUGAGCAUUUACAGAAGGUGGCAGAGACUGCGAAAAAGCUUGGAUUUCUUGUAAUUGCUGAUGAAGCUUAUGCUCAUCUUACUUUUGGGAAGAAUCCAUCUGUGCCAAUGCGAGUUUUUAGUUCAAUUGUACCAGUUCUUACACUUGGCUCUUUAUCAAAGAGAUGGAUGCUUCCUGGUUGGCGACUUGGUUGGCUUGUGACGAGUGAUCAAAAUGGCAUCCUCCAAAGACAUGGGAUUAUUGAUAGCAUCAAGAGCUGUCUAGACAUCACGCCAGAGCCAGUAAAUUUCAUUCAGGCAGCUCUUCCAAAAAUGCUGAAAGAAAUACCAGAGGACUACCACUUAAGGACUCUAAAUUUGCUAAGGGAAACAGCAGAUGUUUGCUAUGAUAGACUCAAAGACAUCCCGUGCUUUAUAUGCCCAUACAAGCCUGAAGGAUCCAUGUUUGUUAUGGUGAAACUAAACUUAUCACUACUGGAAGGCAUAAACAAUGAUAUGGAGUUCUGCCUCAAACUUGCCAAUGAGGAAUCUGUAGUUGUCCUGCCUGGGCAUCCCAUGGGGCUGAAGAACUGGCUGCGUGUAACUUUUGCUGUCGAAUUAUCUUUGCUUGAGGAUGGUCUUGAGAGAAUCCGAGCUUUCUGCGCAAGACAUGCUAAAAAGCAGUGAAAUAAACAUCAUGUUGAUCAAACUACUGUGAUCGACAGGUUAGCAUUCAGCCUACUAUGUCCACUUCCCUGAAGCUCGAAGUUGUUUUAGCUGCCUCUGUCCUCCCUGCAACUCAAAAACAGUUUGAAGAUUGUUUCUUCCUUUCAAUGACAAUGGUUCAGUGUAUAAACUAUCAAUCCUGUACUUCUUCUUUGCUUUUGACUCUUCUAUCCAAAUUUAGUUAAAAUUUGGGUACUAUUUGUAACGA